AUGUUUGUGGAUGAUCUGAUCCAACAACUGUCCGAGUUCAAGUCUCUUGGCACUUAUAUCAAUGAGCUUGACACGCCGAGGACGCAAUUGGGGCCCCAGGAGAGGGAACAGCAGAACCCACUCUCGGGACUUUCGGCAUCACAGCUGACAAGAGUAAAACCACUGAUGUUGACAUUACAUUGCCUAUUCCCUAAUGACCUGCUCCCGGCCCUUGACAUCCUGGACCGCAGGCUCGUGCAGCGCUUGGUGCGCGAGGACAGAGCCAUAACCACACCCGAGCACGGCCACAGAUUCGCAACGGAGCAGCAAAACACCGGGCAAGCAGAAACAACAUACAUGAAAAACUAUGACUCUCAGCGUGAAGAUAUAUUUCUCGUUAUCUCUGCCUCUACUGCUGCUCCACAGGGUACUCCAUCGUCUACAUUCCCCACGCAGGAACAGCUGAAAGGCUACGAGGUGCGCUUGCAUGCGUGGGCUUGUACCUGUCCGACGUUCACCCUCUCGGCCUUUCGAAACAUUCAUUCCAGGACGUAUGUCUCUGCAGACCCCCUCUCUGGCUCAGUGCUGCUGCCAGACCCGAGACCCGGCUGCUAUCCAUUUGGUGGGACACUCUCCCGUGUCACAGACAGGGGUUCACCCCCAGUUUGCAAGCAUAUUUUAGCUUGUAUUCUGUUUGCUCGAUGUCCUGGGCUGUUUGGGGGUAGUGGAGAUGGCAGGGGCCCGGUUUCCAUAGAAGAAUUGGCCGGCUGGUGUGCUGGUUGGGGUGGAUGA